AUGUCCUCCUCCGCGCCCGCAAAGGGCGAGGAGCCGAAGAAGGGCGCCCAGCUGAGUGAGGAGGAUAUCAGGGAGUUUAAGGAGAUCUUCAACCUCGUUGACAGCGAUGGAUCCGGCGCGAUCUCCACCGACGAACUGGGGCAGUUGGUGGAAAGCGUGGGUAUAGAUAGAAAUAAAUGUGUGGCUUGUUAACAUCCUGGACUUCUGAUUACUUGUGAUUUGAGUAGGGUUCUUGUUACAACUCUUGCAUGCAGCAACGAACUGGAAAUGGAUGGCGUUAUGUCCUCAUGGUAAGGCUCCAUCGCCCCACACACUUCUACAUCAAAAACUCCAGGUAUGAAGAUGACCCACGCGGAGCUGCAGGAGAUGUGCAACGAGCUGGAUAGCGACCAGUCCGGAGAAAUUGAAAUUGACGAGUUUAUUGCGAUCCUCUGCAAGGACCUCGAGCUAGACUACACGGCAGACGAGAUCCAAGCGGCCUUCAAGACGUUCGCAAGGAAUGCGCCGAACGGGUAUGGUUUGAUGGGUAGUAUGAUGUUCUACUUCUACGUGAAGACCGGCAUGAGAAACACAUCUGAGAAAUAUUUUCACACUGAACCAACGACAUGACAGGUUGAUCAAGAUGACAGACCUCGAGGAGGCGCUGAAGGUUUAUCUGCGCGGCGUCAACCAAGCCGAAAUAAACCAGUUGCUCAAGCAGUUCGAGGUACUACGCGUAGUUGCUUUUGCUACUAACUGCAUCCUGUAUAAUAAAUGCAUAACAUCGAUCACAUCUAUGGUUUUCAUGCAUACUCAAACAUGACAUUGACGAAAACAAUCAAAAUCAGGACUGCGUGGUGCACUUGAGUCAGGUGGUGGACUCAAAUGGUAUGCCGGUGCCUUUCUUUCGCUACCAAGACUACAUCAACUUGAUGAUGAGAAGGAAAUAAUAAGCAGAAACUGCAUGAAGAUGAACAAAACGUACAUAUAGAAAACGUAGAAGAUGAGACUCGAAACGCAUUAUUCAAAUGCAAGAUGCGGACAGAAAAUGGAACAGCGUGAUCUGCGUUGCGGGUGCGCGUCAUUGAUGCCAAAGACAGAAUGAACUUUCAAGGCCAAGAAAUUUGCCUUGGAGGUUGUGUAUGAUGAAGAGGACGAACUGAAAGCAGUAUUUUUAUGGACGAUAAGUAGAACGAGAUCGACCGCGG